AUUCCCUUGCGGAAGUCUCUAUAAAUAUGCGUGUUGAACAAUACUCAAACAGAAAGUGCUGGCCAGUGCUUAAGUAGUUUUUGGAAACAAGAAUUGCUAGCUGUAGAGAGAGAGAUUGAGGGAGUUUUGUGAUAUUAAGGUGAUAUAUAUAAUGGAGUGGAGAAAGUGUUAUUUGGAUGCUGUGCUUGUGCCUCUAGCGCUUCUUGUGUCGGUGAGUUAUCAUGUUUGGUUGUGGCACAGAGUGAGGACUCAGCCUCUGUCUACCGUUGUUGGGACUAAUGCUAGAGGCCGUCGCUUGUGGGUUUUUGCUAUGAUAAAGGACAAUGACAAGAAAAAUAUACUAGCAGUCCAAACUCUCCGUAACACCAUCAUGGGAUCAACCCUGAUGGCCACAACCUCAAUCCUCCUCUGCUCCGGCCUGGCGGCCGUCAUAAGCAGCACGUACAGCGUUAAAAAACCGCUGAACGACACCAUUUACGGGGGCCACGGAGAGUUCAUGGUGGCCCUAAAAUACGUCUCACUCCUAGUCUUCUUCCUGUUCUCCUUCAUGUGCCACUCCCUCUCCAUCAGGUUCAUAAACCAGGUAAAUUUCCUGAUCAACACGCCACAGGACGACGCCAUGGCCUCCGUGGUCACUCCCGAGUACAUUUCGGAGCUUCUCGAGAAAGGUUUCACGUUGAAUAUGGUGGGAAACCGGCUGUUCUAUUCAGCAUUGCCGGUUUUGCUGUGGAUAUUCGGUCCGGUUCUUGUGUUUUUGUGUUCUGUGUGCUUGGUCCCGGUGCUUUACAAUCUUGAUGUUGUGUUUGUUAAGGAAAAAGGCAAGGGAGGGGAUUGCCUUUGUGUGUAAAGAAGUCUAGAAUAAUUUAUGCUAAUAAAUUUAAUGAAAUUAGCGAUGGCUUUUUUUAUUUGUCAA